AUGGAAGCGACCGGGUAUCUGCUGUUCCUCUCGCUGCUCUCUCUCGCGGGAUGUAUGGACCUGCACAUUUCGGAUACUUUACACCCUGGAGCUGUUCUAACAAACUUAUCACUGGGACCAGGUUGGACUUAUAAACUUGUACGGACUUCUAAACAUGGAAGUUUUUUAAAAGUGGACCUGGAAAACGGAACGGUAAGCCUAGUGCGGGACUUGAACUGUUUGCGUCUGGCCAGGAACCCGGUACGUGUGGAUUUUAAACUCGAGUCUGUAAAGCCUCCAGACUCCUUUGUGGUUGUGCGGUUGAAUGUUUAUGUUCAUGGACAGAACUGUUUUAUGAAAUACAGGCGAAAGAGUUUGCUUACCGAACCUGAUAUUUCCCUGGAUCAUUACCUGUACAACCUGACACCAACUUCCUGCUUACCUUCAGGUGUUGCUCUUACACGUCUUGACCCAUAUGUACCAUAUUUCACCUGGGGUGACCUCAAAUUUUCGCCCUACAUGUGUACAUCAAAAGGUAUGGACGUGUAUGUCCAGAAUAAUAGUCUGUUUCUGAAGGCAGAGGUCUGUCUUUCAUCAGUGGACAUUACUUGCAUGUUGGGAAGGGUGUCCAUGCAUGUCCGGGUGCACCCUAUGGCACAUACGGUUACUCCUUCAGAGUUGGUAGAACCCUAUAAAGAUCGUGCUCAUGAAGUGGACUGGAAGAUACUUCGAAGGAGGAGGAUUCGGAGCGUGAAUUCACCUCCAGUGUUCCAGCUCCAUAAUUAUCAAGUGUCUGUUCCAGAGAAUGAGCCUCCAGGAACCAGGGUUAUCACACUCAAAGCUGCAGAUACAGACGCCGGAGAGGCCGGCAGGGUGGAGUACAGCAUGGAGGCCGUGUUCGAUAGCCGCUCCAAUGACAUCUUCCGGAUAGACCAUCAAACAGGAAGCAUUCACACCGAGCGCCCCCUGGAUCGAGAGUUCAAAGACACACACGUCUUCAAAGUCACCGCCACCGACUUCGGGAUCCCACGGCGCUCGGCGACGUCGGUUCUCACCGUCACGGUCCGAGACACCAACGACCACCAUCCCGUUUUCGAGCAGACCGAUUACAGGGUCAGCAUCCGCGAGAACCUCGAGGUCGGCUACGAGGUCAUGACGGUUCGUGCGACGGACAAAGAUGCGCCUUCCAACGCCAACAUGAUUUACAAAAUUAUAAACGCCGAUGGCGAGAACAGCAUUUUUGAGAUCGACUCGCGAAACGGUCUCGUCAAGGUCCGAGUCCGUCCGGAUAGAGAGGCGAUGGCCCAGUAUAUGCUGAUCGUGGAGGCUAACGACCAAGGGAAGGACCCCGGACCACAAAGUGCAACAGCCACGGUGCAUAUCACCGUAGAAGAUGAAAAUGACAACUAUCCUCAGUUUACAGAGAAAAGGUAUGUGGUCCAAGUACCUGAAAAUGUCCCGGUGAACACUCAGGUGGCUAAAGUGGAAGCGACAGAUAAAGACGAAGGAAACAAUGCUAAAGUUCAUUACAGCAUAAUCAAAGGUAACGUGAGAGGUCAGUUCUACAUUCACUCCCUGACUGGAGUCAUUGACGUCAUAAAUCCCCUGGAUUAUGAAACAAACAGGGACUAUAACCUUGGCAUUAAGGCCCAGGAUGGUGGAAGACCUCCACUCAUUAACAGCACUGGAAUAGUCAUUAUACAAGUCAUUGACGUCAACGACAACACCCCUAUGUUUGUAAGCACUCCUUUUCAAGCCACUGUUUUGGAGAACGUGCCUAUCGGGUACUCAGUGAUUCACAUCCAGGCUGUUGACUCAGACUCGGGUGAGAAUGCCCGCUUGGAAUAUCGUCUCACUGACACCUCGCCUGACUUUCCCUUUACCAUCAACAACAGCACAGGCUGGAUUACAGCAAGUGCACCGCUGGACAGAGAAACCACAGAGUUUUACACAUUCAGUGUGGAAGCCAGAGAUAAUGGCGUCCCUGUCAUGUCAUCUUCUGCUAGCGUUAGCAUCACAGUGCUGGACGUAAAUGACAACGCUCCCACGUUUACCGAAAAAGUCUAUGAGUUAAAAAUUAAUGAAGAUGCCCUGGUAGGGACUAGCGUGCUCACUGUGUCGGCCGUGGACAGAGAUAUUAACAGUGUCGUGACCUACCAGAUAUCUAGUGGCAACACCCGGAAUAGAUUUGCCAUCACCAGUCAAAGUGGGGGUGGACUUAUUACCCUAGCAUUACCACUGGAUUACAAGCAGGAGCGCCAGUAUGUCCUGACCAUCACUGCUUCGGAUGGCACCCUCUCCGACACCGCGCAGGUUUUUAUCAACGUUACGGACGCCAAUACACACAGACCAGUGUUCCAGAGCGCCAACUACCAAGUGCUGUUCAGUGAAGACAAGCCGAUCGGCUCCACCGUAGUGGUGAUCAGCGCUACAGAUGAAGACACUGGUGAGAAUGCACGUAUAACAUACGUCAUGGAGGACAACGUGCCGCAGUUCAAGAUUGAUCCAGACACAGGCGCCAUCACCACUCAAGUGGAGAUCGAUUACGAAGACCAGGCCUCCUAUACUUUGGCAAUCAUUGCCCAUGAUAAUGGCAUCCCUCAGAAAUCAGACACCACCUACGUGGAGAUCAUAGUCGAGGACGCCAACGAUAACGUCCCUCAGUUUAGCCGAGAGAAGUACCAAGGUACGGUGUUCGAAGACGCGCCUCAGUUCACCAGCGUCCUCCAGAUUUCAGCCUCCGACAAGGAUUCUGGAUCCAAUGGCAGAGUGAGCUAUACCUUCCAAGGUGGUGACGAUGGAGACGGAGACUUCAUUAUUGAGCAGUUUUCAGGGAUCAUCAGAACCAACCGUAAGUUGGACCGUGAAAACAUUCCAGUCUACAACCUAAAAGCGUACGCAGUUGAUAGAGGAAUUCCUCCUCUAAAAGCUGCCGUGGAGAUCCAGGUAUCGGUUCUGGACAUUAACGACAAUGCUCCAGUCUUCAAGGAGGACGAGUUGUAUAUCGACGUCAAGGAGAACAGCCCUGUAGAUUCGGUAGUAGCACGGAUAACCGCGAAAGACCCAGAUGAAGGAACCAAUGCACAGAUUAUGUACCAAAUCGUGGAAGGAAACAUCCCUGAGGUGUUUGACUUGGAUAUUUUCACAGGGGACCUGAAAGCGCUUACGGAUUUAGACUACGAGACUAAAACGGAGUAUGUGAUAGUAGUCCAGGCCACGUCCGCUCCGCUGGUCAGCAGGGCAACUGUCCACAUCCGUCUGGUUGACAUCAAUGACAACGAGCCCAUCCUGCAGAAUUUUGAGAUUAUUUUUAACAACUACGUGACUAAUAAAUCCAACAGCUUUCCUACAGGAGUUAUAGGGAAGGUCCCGGCUCAUGACCCGGAUGUAUCUGAUAAACUGAAAUACAGUUUUGUGGAGGGAAAUGAUCUGAACCUGCUGAUCCUUAACCAGGAUACGGGAGAGCUAAAACUUAGCAAGGACCUGGACAACAACAGACCGUUGGAGGCCACCAUGAAAGUGUCCGUCACUGAUGGUCUCCACAGUGUGAUGGCUUUCUGCACCCUGCGUGUCAGCAUCAUCACAGACGACAUGCUGACCAACAGCAUCACAGUACGCUUGGAGAACAUGUCUCAGGAGCGCUUCCUUUCUCCUCUGCUAAACCUGUUUACCGAAGGCGUGGCCGCUGUGCUCUCCACCAGCCGCGACAGCGUCUUCAUAUUCAACGUGCAGAACGACAGCGACGUCAGCGGCAGCAUCCUCAACGUGACCUUUUCUGCCCUGCUGCCUGGUGGCAACCCCGGCCGUUACUUCCCCUCAGAGGAGCUCCAGGAGCAGAUCUACCUGAACCGUACGCUGCUGCGACACAUCUCCAGCCAAAGCGUGCUGCCCUUCGACGACAACAUCUGUCUACGGGAACCCUGCGAGAACUACAUGAAGUGUGUGUCCGUGCUAAAGUUCGACAGCUCGCCACCGUUUAUUGCCUCCGACACCAUGCUUUUCCGACCCAUCCAUCCUAUUAACGGGCUGCGGUGUCGCUGCCCGGCUGGAUUUACUGGUGACUACUGCGAGACGGAGAUCGAUUUGUGCUACUCGGGGCCUUGCCGCAAUAACGGGCGCUGCAGGAGCAGAGAGGGAGGAUAUACCUGCGAGUGUCAGGAGGACUUCACUGGUGAGCACUGUGAGGUGAACGCCCGCUCGGGCCGCUGUAUACCAGGCGUGUGUAAAAAUGGCGGGAAAUGCGUGGACCUGCUGGUGGGUGGAUUUGUCUGCCAGUGCCCAUCGGGUGAAUACGAGAAGCCGUAUUGCGAGAUGACCACACGCAGUUUCCCCGGCAUGUCCUUCAUCACCUUCCGAGGUCUGCGACAGAGGUUCCACUUCACAGUCUCGUUCACGUUUGCUACACGAGAGAGAAACGCUUUACUUCUUUACAAUGGUCGUUUUAACGAAAAACACGACUUCAUCGCUGUGGAGAUCAUCGAGGAACAGAUUCAGCUCACGUUCUCAGCUGGUGAGACUAAAACUACUGUGGCACCGUUUGUACCCGGUGGUGUCAGUGAUGGCCAAUGGCACUCUGUUCAACUUCGCUACUACAACAAGGACAGCCUGCACCUGCUGGACGCCAGUGGGGUGCUGCGUGUCCCGCUCUAUACAGCCUGGCUGGAGCUCACCCAUAAGGAGCCCUACAUCGGGCGUCUGGGGGUCCCGAACGGUCCUUCGGGGGAGAAGGUAGCCGUGGUUGCAGUGGACGAUUGUGAUAUUGCCAUGGCGGUGCGCUUCGGGACUCAGAUUGGAAACUACUCAUGCGCUGCACAGGGUACACAGAGCGGCCAGAAGAAGUCUUUGGAUCUGACAGGGCCUCUGCUACUGGGUGGUGUGCCAAACCUACCGGAAGAUUUUCCUAUUAGAAACCGUGACUUUGUUGGCUGCAUAAGGAACCUGACCAUAGACAGCAAACCAGUAGACAUGGCCAGCUUUAUCGCCAACAACGGCACCACACCAGGCUGUCCCGCAAAGAGGAACUUCUGUAAAGACAAUGUGUGUCAGCAUGGAGGUCACUGUGAGAACAAGUGGAACACCUACUCCUGCGACUGUCCCAAUGGUCGCGGAGGAAAAAGCUGUGAACAAGUGAUGCCCUCACCGCAGUACUUUAAUGGCCAGGCUGUGGUGGCAUGGAGCGAUCUGGAUAUCACAGUAGCCGUGCCGUGGUACAUCGGGCUGAUGUUCCGCACCAGACAGAGCAGUGGCACCGCUGUUCUGAUGCAAGCCAAUGCUGGUGUUUCCUCCCAAAUCAACCUGCUGGUGGUGAACAGGCAGGUGAGGAUGGAGGUGCUGCUGGCAGAGCAGAUGGUGGCAUUGCUGGAGUUUCCAGAGCUUAGAGUCAGUGAUGGAGAGUGGCAUCACCUCCUCGUGGAGAUCACUAGCAGCAAAGAGGGCAAAGACACCAAGUACAUGGCCCAAGUCUCUCUUGAUUACGACGUGGUUAAGAGGUCAGUGGAAAUCGGGAACGAGCUGCCUGGACUGAAGAUCAGGAGUCUGCAUUUGGGAGGAAUUCAGGGCAAGAAUAACGAAGUUCUGCAGGGCUUCCAGGGCUGCAUUCAGGGUGUGCGUAUGGGUGAGACCGCAACUAGCAUCGGCAGCAUUAACAUGCAGCACGGGUUCAAGAUCCAUGUAAAGGAGGGUUGUGACCUCACCGACCCCUGCGACUCCAACAUCUGCCCCCAGAACAGCCAGUGUAUGGAUGAGUGGGGCACUCACACUUGUGUGUGUGACCCAGGUUACUUUGGGAAGCAGUGUGCGCACGCGUGUACAUUAAACCCGUGUGAAAAUCUUUCCACCUGUGUACGAAAGGCCAGCUCAUCUCACGGCUACACAUGCGAAUGUGGUCAAAACAGCUUCGGCCAGUACUGCGAGAGCAAGGUGGAGAAACCAUGUGCCAAAGGAUGGUGGGGAAGCCCUGUGUGUGGCCCUUGCAACUGUGACACAAGUAAAGGAUUCAAUUCCGACUGUAACAAGACCACCGGAGAGUGUCGCUGCAAGGAAAAUUACUACCAGCCCAAAGACAGUGACACCUGCUACCCAUGUGACUGCUUCUCCCUGGGUGCAAGCCUCCGAACCUGCAACCCACAGACGGGCCAGUGCCCAUGUAAAGCGGGUGUGAUUGGGCGCCAGUGCAAUAAAUGUGAUAACCCAUUUGCUGAGGUGACAGAAAGUGGCUGUCAGGUUAUUUAUGACGGCUGUCCCAUGUCAUUUGAUGCUGGAAUCUGGUGGCCAAGGACCCAGUUUGGACGUCCAGUUGCUAUAAACUGCCCUAAGGGAACAAUUGGCACUGCUGUGAGACACUGCAGUGAUGAGAAAGGCUGGCUUCCACCCGAGCUCUUCAACUGCACCACCGUGACCUUCUCCCAGCUUAAGAAACUGAAUGAAGACAUGCAUCGGAACGAGUCAAUACUGGAUGGACAGAAGUCAAAAGACAUUGCAUUUAUGCUUCACAAUGCUACCAGCCAGACUGAGUCGUUUUACGGUAAUGAUGUGAAGACGGCCUUUCAGCUGAUGUCCCGUGUGCUGCGAUACGAGAGCCAACAGCAGGGCUUCGACCUGUCAGCCAUGCGCGAUGCCAACUUCAACGAGAACAUUGUAAAGGCAGGCAGUGCCAUUCUAGACCCCAGCAAUAAGGAGCACUGGGAUUACAUCCAGAGGACAGAGGGAGGGACGGCACAUCUGCUCAGCAACUUUGAAGAUUAUGCCAUGACUGUGGCUCGUAACAUGAGGAAGACCUACCUGAAACCUUUCACCAUCGUCACACCCAACAUGAUUAUGUCUGUGGAUUAUCUGGACUUUACCGGUCCAGAUGCAGCAACGAUGCCACAUUUCCAGAAAAUAAAAGAGGAAUAUCCCAAAGAUCUGAAAUCCUCGGUGCUGUUCCCUGAGUUUAAUGCCAAAUCUAUACAGGACAAGGUUGUUUCAACAGAAGAGCCAGCAACUCAAACCCAUCCUACUGAAGAAUACCACACUCAAGCUGAGAGGAGGAAGAGGGAUAUUGAAGCUCUUCCUUCAUUACCUGUGGCUGCUGUCAUUGUGUACCGCUCUUUAGGGAAGCUACUGCCAGAGAGAUAUGACCCUGAUCGUCGCAGUCUCAGGCUGCCCACCCGGCCUGUGAUCAACACCCCCAUUGUGAGCACUACGGUGCACAGUGAGGAACGACCACUGCCUAUGCCUUUAGAGCAACCAAUCACACUGGACUACACGCUGCUGGAGACGGAAGAGAGGACCAAACCAGUGUGUGUGUUUUGGAACCACUCUAUUGCAAUCGGUGGGACCGGAGGCUGGUCCUCGAAGGGCUGUGAGCUCGUCUUUAGAAACAAAACUCACAUAAGCUGCCAGUGCAACCACAUGACCAGCUUCGCCGUGCUCAUGGAUAUCUCCAAAAGAGAACAUGGAGAUGUGUUGCCGUUGAAGAUCGUCACUUACGCCACCGUCUCAGCCUCUUUGCUGGCUCUGCUGAUCACAUUCAUACUGCUGGCCAUUCUGCAUAAACUCCGCUCCAACCUGCUCAGCAUCCACAAGAACCUGGUGGCGGCGCUCUUCUUCUCUGAGCUUGUCUUCCUCAUCGGGAUCAACCAGACAGACAAUCCAUUCGUUUGCACAGUGAUAGCGAUCCUGCUGCACUUCUUCUACAUGUGCACGUUUGCAUGGAUGUUCGUGGAGGGUCUGCACAUUUACCGCAUGCUCACCGAGAUGCGCAACAUCAACCACGGUCACAUGCGCUUCUACUAUGCCAUUGGCUGGGGCAUCCCUGCUAUCAUCACAGGACUGGCUGUUGGGUUGGAUCCACAGGGAUAUGGCAACCCAGAUUUCUGCUGGCUCUCGGUUCACGAUACGCUGAUCUGGAGCUUCGCUGGACCCAUCGCUGUAGUCGUCCUGGUCAACAUUGUGAUCUUUGUGAUGGCAGCCAAGGCUUCAUGUGGACGCAGACGGAGAAGCAUGCAGAAGUCUGGAGCAAUUCCAGCGUUGCGAAUGGCUUUCCUGCUCCUGUUGCUCAUCAGCGCCACCUGGCUGUUGGGUCUAAUGGCUGUUAACAGUGAUGUCAUGAUCUUCCACUACCUGUUUGCCGGGUUCAGUUGUUUGCAGGGAAUCUUAAUAUUCCUCUUCCACUGCCUGUUGAAUAAAGAAGUGAGAAAGAACCUGAAGUAUGUGUUUACAGGAAAAAAACCAAUACCAGAUGAGUCGAGCACAACACGUGCUUCCCUGCUGACUCGCUCUCUGAACUGUAACAACACAUACACAGAGGACGGUACAAUCUUCCGCUCGGCCAUCGGAGAGUCCACUGUGUCUCUGGAGAGCACUGUCAGGUCAGCCAAGAGCCACAGUGGCUACCUCGCUUACCCUUACAGAGAUGACCAGAAGCCCAGUGUCUCAUCAGGAACGGCUAAAGGCGGACUCACAGACAUUGACGGCUCCCUGUUCCACCGCAAUGGCACUAAGGCAGAUGACUCAGACUCGGACAGCGAGCUUUCUGUGGAUGAGCACAGCAGCUCGUAUGCCUCGUCCCAUUCCUCAGACAGUGAGGACGAUGACGAUGACGUCCACAUGAAGCCCAAGUGGAACAAUGAAAGACAGCCACUACACAGCACACCAAAAGUGGAGACAGUAUCUAAUCACAUGAAGCCGUACUGGCCCUCAGAGAUCACGACAGCCAGUGAUAGCGAGGAAGCAGGAGGAACUGAGCGACUGCGGGUGGAGACAAAAGUGAAUGUAGAGCUCCAUCAGGAGAACAAGCUAAACCAUGUGCAAGAACCUCCACAGGAUAAAGUGCCUUGUAACAAAGAUAAUGGAAGCACCAACCAGACCAACAGCAAUCACCACCCAGAACAGAGAAAAGGCAUCUUGAAAAAUAAAAUCACAUAUCCACCACCACUUACAGACAAGAACAUGAAGAACAAACUGAGGGAGAAACUUUCGGACUACAACCCCCCUACGAUUUCCUCACGGACCCCCUCAGUGACUUCAAACGAUGGGGUGAACGGUAACAACGUCCUCAUCAAACCCCCACACCGAGCUGUCCUUUCCAACAGAGAGACUCCCAAUGGAGUGGCUCUAAAUAUUAAUGGAGGCAACCAGUCAGACUCAGACAGGAAACCAGAGGAAGUUCUCCUUGCUUGAGGGCAGCAUGACUGCCCUUGAAACGGAGUAGAAAGAAGUGGAGAGAUGACGGGGAUUUGUCACAUGGACGUUCUGACUUCUCUUCACCUGUUCUUAUGUCUUCACUCCAAUGGAGCUCAGUAUUACUGCAGGCUUCUGCCUGCACAAGAUUAAAAAGGGAAUGUAUUGUGUUGGACUGCGCUCGAGGGGACACGGACCGUGCCAAACUACGUCCCCCAUGAUGAUGAACUGUGUGCAAGUAAAGCACGCAGACUGGAAGUGAAGAACUAUGAUAAUGGACGCUACUAUUAGUACUUACCAGAACUCCAUGAGUGGAACGACGCCUGACUCACACUGAAGUUGUGUGUGGUAAAAAAAAAAAAGAAAAAAAAAGACAAUCUGAAUUGCUAAUACUUGCUGGAUUUUCACCAAGUGCCCUACUGUGUCUGUCCUUCCAGAGGACCUUUUUAUUGUGAUUGUACUUGUAAUUAUCAUGUAGAUAUUGGUAAAAAAUUUGUAUGUGGACUGUUAUGUUACUUUCAGGCACAUUUUUAUAGUUUUUAUAAAAUGGGUUUUAAAGAUUAUCCUCAGCUGAAUCAUAUCACUGUGAUUUUAGAUGUCAGGUUGCCCUGGUGCCUUAUGGUACACACGUUUUAUAACCCAUCAUUGCCACUGAUAUACAUACUACAGAUACAGAGCGCUGAUCGUGUGCCCAGUAAAUUAUUGCUAUUGAAUAUUAAUUAUUCUAUUCUAUUCUAAUUAUUAAUAGACAUAAUAGAAAAUGGUAAUUUAACAAAACAUAAUCCAAACCAGAGUAAUUUAAAACAAUUUUUAAUUUUAAUGUUUUUAAUUUUAUUUAAAUAUGAAAAAACAUUUUAUAGUAAUGAUCUAUGUAAAAUGGUAUUAUUUUAAGUGUUAUAAAUAUUAAUAACCCCCAGCUAAAAUAUUGUGGUUCAAAACAAUUCCCGGGAUGUUCCCUCUGUCCGCUGUUUAGGUUGUUUCUUUUGAUUUUUAUGUGAAUAUUUUCCCUAAUCUCUUUAAGCUCAUCAGGCUCAUAGUCAGAGAUACAGCCUAGACAUAACACCAAUUUAUCCUGUUCACUUUCUGCAUGUUGUACCAAUGUUGUACCCCCCCCCCCCCCCCCCCGUCAAGCCACUACAGUGUUUGAAAACAACAAAACAGUCCUGCUUGUGUUUCCAUCCUUUUCCAAAAAACACUGGAUAUUUUUUUUGUAAAAUAUGUAUAUUUAUUUUGUAUAAUUUUUAAACACUGGACAGCGAUCGCAGCUAUAAAAUUAAAACCUCUGGAAUUUUCUAGUUUCUGUGACUUGCUUUAAUGUUUUUGUAGGAAAAAUUAUGUAAAUAUGAAUGUGAAUGUAAAUUCAAUUUCAGUGUAAAGAGAGACGGUGUGUGAAAUGCCAUGCUGUCAGACUGCUGAUGAAAUAAA